AUGGGCGAGGCGCUGACCAAAUCAGCACAGUGGACCGCUGCCGGACAUGGGACCAGAACCUUGGAAAUUACUCCUCUAAAUGAAGUGAUAUUGAAAGAAAUUAUGAUGUUUGUGGAGAGCUUUAUCUACAAAUAUCCCCAGGAGGCAAAAUAUGUUUUUGUAGAACCACUCGAAUGGAAAACAAACUUGGAUCCCUCAGCAUUUGAAUCAGGUUAUAUUGUCAGUGAAACAACAGUGAAAUCAGAGGAAGUGGAUGAAAGUGGACAGCCUUUGCUAUUUCUCUCUGUACCUCACAUUAAAAUCAGAAACUUUGGGCAGCUGUCACGCUUGUUGCUUAUUGCCAAAGACACAAAGCUGAAGGAGGCACAGGCGUGUAUUGAAGCUAACAGAGAUCCCGUAGCGAAAAUCCUGGGUUUGGAUUAUAAUACAGUGAAAGAAGACACAUCCACGGUAAACAUUCUUGAUAAAAUUACCAAAGAUGAAGAUUCUGAAAGUGAGAUGAAGAUGAAGAUAGCCAUGUUGCUCAGGCAACUAGAUGUGCACCUCCUGAAUCAUUGUCUAAAACAUAUUUCAUUACAAAUAAGUUUAAAUCCCACAAGUGUUAAGAACGAUAUAGAAUUGCUGAAAAAUUUCUCAGGAAAAGGAGAGCAAACUGUCUUGGAAUCUAUCGACUAUACCUCAGAUUAUGAAUUUUCAAAUGGAUGUCGAGCCCCACCUUGGAGACAGAUCCAUGGAGAAAUUUGUUACGUGCUGGUAAAACCACACGAUGUUGAAACUCUGUGCAUUACUUGUAGUGCAGAAGGAGUGUUUUUAAAUGGGGGCAAAACAGAUGAUGAGGGAGAAAUUGAUUAUGAGAGAAAAGGUGAACUUUAUAAAGAUCUUGUCACAUUUUUAAAAGAAAAAUCAGCAAAAUUUUCAGAAAAUAUGUCUAAACAGGGGAUUAAAUUUCGCAAUGCACAGAAAAAGGAAAAGGAAGAGCCAACUAAUGAGCUACCUGAGAAGGAAGAAGCAGCCCCUGUACAGAAAGCAAUUACACUGGAGAAGAACCAAAUUAAUUUUGGGAAGAGUCAGAUGACCAAGAGAUUAGAGCCCAGUUUAAACUGGAAGGCCACUGUUGAUUUCAAAGAGCACAGAAACUUACUAAGAGACCCCCAAGUGGAGAAACACCGAGGAAAACCUGAAAGGUCGGGACCACCUGUUUUAUGUGGAAGAGCACAGUUAGCUCGUAAGAGUACUGAGAAGACUGAGGAAAUUGUUAGUGAGAGCUCCUCAGAGAGUGAGGAAGAUGAAGAACCAUCUGAUCAUCGUCAGGAAGCAAAUGCAGAUUUGCCAUCGGAAUAUUGGCAAAUUCAGAAGGUGGUGAAAUAUUUAAAGGGAGGAAAUCAGACAGCUACAGUGAUUGCAUUGUGUUCCAUGAAGGAUUUCAACUUAGCACAAGAGACCUGCCAGUUGGCAAUCCGGGAUGUUGGAGGCCUUGAAGUUUUAAUAAAUUUGCUUGAUACAGAUGAAGUCAAGUGUAAAAUUGGCUCAUUAAAAAUCCUGAUGGAAAUCAGUCAUAAUCCUCAAAUCAGACGUAAUAUUGUUGACCUUGGGGGCUUACCAAUUAUGGUUAAUAUACUUGAUUCUCCACAUAAGAGCCUGAAAUGUUUGGCAGCUGAGACAAUUGCAAAUGUUGCCAAGUUUAGAAGAGCCCGACGGGCAGUGAGACACCACGGCGGCAUCACCAAACUGGUCGCUUUACUUGACUGCGGGAAGAGUUCGGCAGAACCGGCUCAGCCGAGCCUGUAUGACGCCAGAGACGUGGACGUGGCUCGCUGUGGGGCGCUGGCGUUGUGGAGCUGCAGUAGGAGUUACGCAAAUAAAGAAGCCAUUCGUAAAGCUGGGGGCAUUCCUUUGCUGGCUCGCUUACUGAAGACGUCUCAUGAAAACAUGCUAAUUCCAGUGGUGGGGACGUUGCAAGAAUGUGCAUCAGAGGAAAACUACCGAGCUGCGAUCAAAGCAGAAAGGAUAAUUGAAGAUCUAGUGAAGAACCUAAAUAGCACGAAUGAGCAGUUGCAAGAGCACUGCGCCAUGGCCAUCUACCAGUGUGCUGAAGAUGAGGAAACCCGUGAUCUUGUUAGACUGCAUGGAGGUCUUAAACCCCUGGCCAGCCUGCUCAAUAACACGGACAAUAAAGAACGGUUGGCUGCUGUCACUGGGGCAAUAUGGAAAUGUUCCAUGAGCAAAGAGAAUGUGACCAAGUUUCGGGAAUACAAAGCCAUUGAAACUUUGGUGGAACUUUUAACUGACCAGCCUGAAGAGGUACUUGUGAAUGUGGUUGGUGCAUUGGGAGAAUGUUGUCAGGAGUAUGAAAAUCGCGUCCUUGUCCGGAAAUGUGGUGGCAUUCAACCACUCGUGAAACUCCUUGUUGGAACAAACCAAGCUCUUCUUGUCAAUGUCACAAAAGCAGUUGGUGCUUGUGCAGUAGAACCAGAAAGUAUGAUGACAAUUGAUCGCUUAGAUGGAGUUCGUUUGUUGUGGUCCUUGCUGAAGAAUCCUCACCCGGAAGUGAAGGCGAGUGCAGCGUGGGCCCUCUGUCCCUGCAUCCAAAAUGCUAAGGAUUCUGGAGAAAUGGUCCGUUCCUUUGUUGGUGGUUUGGAACUUGUUGUCAACUUACUGAAAUCAGAUAAUAAAGAAGUUUUGGCCAGUGUGUGUGCUGCUAUUACCAAUAUAGCAAAAGAUCAAGAAAAUUUAGCUGUUAUUACAGAUCAUGGAGUUGUCCCUCUAUUGUCCAAACUAGCAAAUACAAAUAAUGAUAAACUGAGGCAUCAUCUAGCAGAAGCUAUUUCAUGUUGCUGUAUGUGGGGCAGAAAUAGAGUGGCCUUUGGCGAGUACAAAGCAGUGGCUCCAUUAGUACGUUACCUGAAAUCGAAUGACCCCAGUGUGCAUAGAGCAACAGCUCAAGCCUUGUACCAACUCUCGGAAGAGGCCGACAACUGCAUCACCAUGCACGAGAAUGGUGCAGUCAAGCUUCUGCUGCAUAUGGUCGGGUCCCCUGACCAGGACCUCCAGGAAGCUGCAGCUGGCUGUAUAUCCAACAUCCGCAGACUGGCUCUUGCUACCGAAAAGGCAAGAUACACUUGAAAGGUGAACAAGCUACCAAAUUUUACAUGACAGAGAACAUGUCAGUCCCACUGUCAGGAAGCCUAGACUGCGAAACAUUUAUUAGCAAAUCCUUUACAAACAUAAAUGUCUGGAUGAAAAGACAGUAAUUAAAAAUAUCAAAGGGUGCUGUUGAUCCAAAAAUUGCAUAGAUAUUUUUGUUCUAUUUAACAUUUUUGGGAUAUGCCAUGUAAUGAAAUGUAAAGCCAAUAAGUUUGUGAUAAUUUUCCAGGAAUUUGAGAAUAUAGGUAGACGGUACAGAAACCUAUUUUGGUGAGGCUUUUGUAUUUGGGAUGAUUUUAAUAAAAGGUUUGGCCUUCCUC